GUUGUUCUCUGUUGCCAUGGUGACGCUCUCGGUUUCUCAAGGCACUGGCGGGGCUCUCGCCGUCCCCGCGGAGGGCCUGGCCGGGGUUGGUUGGGAGCUGCGGAAUUUCAGGGCGGCGGGACUGUCGGUCCUCGUAGGCGGCUGGGAAAGCGGCGGCUCCGGCAGGAGCUUGGCUGAACGACAACUUUGAGAGCAGAUAAGACACUGGGGAAAACAGAAUGUCAGAAGAUAUUGAAGGAAUUGAAAAAGAAAUAGAAAUUGAAUUAAGCAGAAUCAGUGUUUCUUCCUUUGAAGCCGAAGACCCUGACACAGAGGUAUCAGACGAAGCUUUGAGUGACAGUGAGUCAAUUUCGGAUGACUUGCCGGAAUCAGUUCUCUCCUAUUUAAACUUUAUAAAGAGCAAAAAUCAAGAUGCUGAAAAGUUUAUACUGCAAGACCUAGAAGAUGAAGAAACUACAAGUAACGUUUAUGGAGUAGCUUCUUGCCAUGCUUCAGAUUGCUUGGCAGAGUUGGCUUCUGAAAAUAAUGAAGAUCCAGAACAAUUUAAAAGAAGGGUACUAUUUGAAAUUGAAGAUGAAGACUUGCAGAUUGUUACAACACCUAGUUCUAAUAAUUGCUCCCCCAGUGAUGCAGUGGUCACUGAUGACCAUUUUGUUACAGCUGAUGUUGAAAUGAACUUAAGCCUUACUCACCGUGAAGUAGAAGAAAAGUGUAGACAAGAAUUUGAGCAGUUGGAGAAAAGACAAAAGGAGCUUGAAGAUGAGAAGAGGAAAAAGUGGAAAGCUGAGAGGGAAGCACAGGAAAAACAAAAUGAAGAGGAACAUGCAAGAAGGGUGCAGCGUCUGGAGGAACUCGAAGCUGAAAGAAUAAAGUUAGAGCUUCUUCAUAAGAAACACCAAACUGCAAUAGAAGAUGAGUUAGAGAAAGAAAAGAAAGCUUGGAGGGACAAAAUGAUGCAACGUGAGGAAUUGAUCAUGAAGCUACGGAUGCAAAUGGAAGAGGAGAAAAAGGCCUUGGAAGAGCAGAAAGCAAAAGAAAGACAACACCUGGCAGAACAACAGAAUACAGCAGCUCUGAAAAUCCAAGCUAGAUUUAGAUCAUUUUUAGUCCGUAAAAAAUAUGCUUCCAUCUUAAAAGAAUGGAAAGAAGAAAUAAAAAAGAAGCAGCAAAUACUAGAAGAAAUAGAGAGAGAAAUGGAAGAAAAAGAGGAAAAAAGGAAGAGACGAAUGGAAGAAAAGCAAAAGAAAGAAGGGGGAAAGAAGAGACAAGAAGAACUUAAAAGACAAGAACAUUUGGAACAGGUGAGGAGACGUGAGGAAUAUGAGAAAAAGAAAGAAAGUCUGAGACUUGCAAGAGAAAAACAGCUUCAGAUAAGAAGAGAAGAACAGAGAAAUCUAGGAGAAAAAACAGCAAAAGCUCUGAUGAGUGAAAGUGGAGACAACAACAAAGAAAACAUAAAAAAGGAUAAGCAGGCAGAAAAUACAAAAGUAAUAGAACAGAAGAAGGAACUAAGUAAGCAAGUAGAGGAACAAAAAGCAAAACAGACUGAAAUCCUGGAUGAUACAAAUAAUUGGAUGAUUUCAGCAGAAAGAAAUUUGACACCAACACCAAAUAUGCAAGGGUUUGAGAAGAAGGAACAUUCUUCUCAAGUAAAUUAUGAGAACAUUUACAUGAAUUCAGUAAUGCAUGUAGAAGAAAAUUGCUCACAAACUACAGAUCUUAAUAAAGCUUCAAAGAGUCAUAGUUCAAAUGAUGAAUCUGUUAAUUUUGGAGCCAAUGACAUGGUAGAAAAUACAGGCAGCAGUCCACCAAAUGUCCAGCUAAGUGCUAGUAAUAGAGAUGUCAAAGAGCAAUUUUCUGAAUCUGAAAUGAUGGAAGAAACUGUAUUUCUAACGGAAGAUGCUAAUGAGGAAGUUGGAGGGACUUGGGACAAAAUUCAAUAUGUAGCUGAGUGUUCCAGUAGAGUAAUUCUUCCUGAUGAUAUUGAAAAGAAGAGAAUAAACUGGAUGAACACAUGUAAAUCUUGGUCUAAAAUAUAUGAAGAAAACCAAAGAAUGCAAUCAACUACAAAAAAACGACAAAGGAAAAGUUCAGUUAGCAAGAUGCCUCCAUUAAGUUCACAGAAGAUAAUUCAAAGUGGCCAUUGGAGUACUCUUCAGCAGGUCACAAUACUCACACUUGAAGAUUUGCCAGCCUGUAGCCUCUCAACAUUAUCAGAGUGCCCAAAUCUUCAAGUUUUGACUCUGAGGCGCUGUGGACUAGUUGCGUUGGAAGGACUAAGUAGCUGCAAAGACCUAAAGUAUAUAAAUGUGGAGGAAAACAACAUUCAGACAAUUGACUGUGAAAAUCUAGAAAAUCUCUGUAUUCUGAUUCUGAAUAAGAACCAUCUUUCAUCAGUUUGUGGCAUAGAUGGCUGCAUAAAUCUCCAAAAUCUUGAACUUUCCUACAACAGAAUCACUCGAAUUGGUGGUCUGGCAUCAUUGAAAAAUCUUCAGCAAUUAAUUGUGGACCAUAAUCAGUUAAUCAGCACAAAAGGUCUUUGUGAAGCACCUACUCUCAUUCACCUAGACUGCUCUUUUAAUCAUCUCACACAAGUUGAAGGCAUUGAGAAUUGCGGCCUACUUCAAAUUCUGAAGUUGCAAGGCAAUAACCUCCAGGAGUUUCCAAGACUGGAAAAUCAUGUUCUCGUAAGAGAACUAUAUUUACAUGACAAUAGCAUUUCUACUUUGAGAAUGCUUUCUUUGUAUUGGUUGCCUCUAUUGCAGAUUCUUUUGCUGUCUCAAAAUAGAUUAACUGAGCUUGUGCCAUUAAAUUCAUUUGUAUCUUUGGAAAAACUGGAUAUCAAAAAUAACUGCUUGUCAGACCUUAAAGGUGCUAUUACAUGGUUAAGUGGCUGCCAUAAACUAAAGGAGUUGUCACUCAGUGGAAAUCCUCUUCUCCAAGAAAGGAAUUGGAGGCCUUCUUUGUGUAAGGUCCUUCCUAGUUUACAGUUUCUUGAUGGUGAAAUCUUAAACUGUCAUGCUUUAUCCACAACUGAAAGAACCAAGGGAUCAGAAUCAAGAAAGUUUCUGGAACUUUGUGAAGUUCAAAUUGAAGAAAAUGUUCUAUUGAAAAAAAAGGCUGCUGAACUGGGAAUUGCCUCUUCCAUUGAUUCUGCACAAGGACAAUGCUGGUAUUUUAAUCAGUUGAUUAAACUUAGUAUUAAACAUCGAUAUGCACAUGAGUACGGUGACCUAAACAUUACUGACAGAGAUGGACCAGAAGCACUGCAAAAUCAUUUAAAGCAAACAUCCACUGGCUGCCUACAGGAAAAUAACCUCUUUAUCAUGGGUGCGACAGAAAAUAAACAGGUCUUGUUGGAUCCUUCCAAAAGAUGGAUUACUACUGGCCAUAUUCAGGCCAAAUUCAUUAACUCCUCCGUACCUGUGCACCAAAAGGAAAAUAAAGAAGAUCAGAGAGUGAAGCAGAAGAGCACUGAAUCUUGUAUUAAUUACAGUGGGGAGAGUGAAGGCAACAAUAACAUGUCAGCCCAACUCACAUUGCAACAGUCAGUGAUAGUAGCAAGUAAUGUGGGAAAAGAUCUUCAGCAUUUUGAGAAUGAUACAGAAAGGCUACAUAUGGCAGCAUCAGUGAUCCAGUCCCUUUGGCGGGAGUACCAUGCCAGGAGGAAAACUUAUUGCACCCAAACAGAAAAUCAACAGUUUAUAGAAGCUUUGAGAGAGAAACAUGAAGCUGCCACACUAAUCCAGGCAUUUUGGAAGGGCUUUCUUUUGCGAAAGAAACUGGCCAGUGCUCUUGCAGCUGUUAAAAGUGAUGAAGUGGAGGAUGACUGUGAAGAAAUAAAUGUGGAUGAUUUUGCAUUUUCUGAAGCUGCAUUAGAGAAGGAAUGGCUAACUCCAGAUUCCACCCGUUUCCCUUCAAAAACACUCCUGCUCUCAGACCAGCUGCACUGGCCAAAGUAUUCUAGGCCUUCAAAUUCCAGUGAACAUUCAACUAGUCUGCUGUUGUCUCCGCAAGAAGUUUGGCCAUCUGUUAACAGACCACAUUCACACUCAGCAGAAAAUAUCCACUUUCAUAGCAGAUCAGGGAAGGAAACAGUAUCACAGCUCUCUGACUGGAAGGAAAAAAAGAAAUUCUCAUUCAUGUCUGAAAAAGAAGCAAAAAUUUCAGAAGAAUGGGGUUUUAAGGAUAUUUCUACUGCACAGCUAAUGCUGAAGAGGGCCCAUAAAAUGAAGCCCAAAAAAUAUAGUAAUAAAAAUAUAGACCCAGCUGUGCGCCUGGCGUUGUUCAAAAACAAUGAAAAUAAACAUCUCCAUGUGAAACCACCAAGGAAGACACAGCCUAUAAAUGCUGGUUACUUUGAAGGUGAAAAAGAAGAGUUUUCUCAGCUGGAUACUACUUUAGAUGAGAAAUUACAAAGGAGAAGAGACUUUACAUGCCAAUGGCUUCAUACACAGCUUUUGGAUUAUGAAGCAGCCAGUUCCAAAAAUACAAAGUGCUGUCAUUUUUUGCCUGAGUUAGAUCCUGUGAUACGUGACAGCAGACGAGUACAACUUGUGGCAAGCCCUGUAAGCAGAGAAGACAUGGAUUUAGACCUUGUUUCCAUGACCAGUGGAAGUGCUUUGACUGAGAACAGAGAAAAAAAUCUGCAGCCACACAGACACUCAGCAAGAUCUGCAAAAAAGAAUAUAUCUACUCCAGAAAAAUCAUGUUUGGGUCCAUCUCAUAAAGAACGGAUAUCAUUUCGAGACCAUCCAGUGCAGCUCAGCGGAGGAUGGGGAGCAGGCAAAAAAAGGCAGAAGCUUAAAAAUAUUAGCUGAAUAUCGACAAUAAUUUAACUUGUUGAUUCAAUCAAAUAUGGAGAGCUGUUUCAUUUUAAGCCUGUGAAUAUCAGUUUUUGGAUUCUCAUUUACUACCAGUAUGAACAGUUUCAGUUAACUACAUUUGACUUACUAUACCCAGUUACAGUGGUUUGUUUUUGUUUUUGUUUUAUUUUGGUCAAACUAUUUUAUACCUGGCAGUAAGUUAUCAGAGUUUGUGUUUUCAACUGGUUAUAUGUUCAUGUGGUGUAGAAUGCAAAACUGAUUAACCCUGCAGGUAUUGUUGUACAAUGAAUAGGUUUAGGAUGGCUUAUAGGAAAUGUUUGAGAUGUGCAAAUGUAAUAAUGGUUCAUGCUCAUGUGAUGUAUGUCCCAUAUCAAAACACUGAAUUCUCAUUUUCUGACAAAUAAAAUACAUGUUUUCAAACUA